GGCGGCGGCGGGAGGAGGCGACAGAGGCGGAGACGGUAUUGGAAAUAUAAAGCUACGGCUGAACUAAGUUGGAGAGAUGACGACACCAGCUGACUUGAUGGAGCUGGACAUGGCAUUGGAGCCAGACAGGAAAGCCCAGGUCAGCCACUGGCAGCAGCAGUCCUACCUGGAUUCAGGCAUUCACUCUGGGGCCACCACCACCGCCCCGUCCCUCAGUGGCAAGGGCAAUCCAGAGGAGGAGGACGUGGACACCAGCCAUGUGCUGUAUGAGUGGGAGCAAGGUUUCUCCCAGUCCUUCACCCCUGAUCAAGUCACGGACAUUGAUGGGCAGUAUGCCAUGACCAGAGCUCAGCGAGUCCGUGCUGCCAUGUUCCCCGAGACACUGGACGAGGGCAUGCAGAUCCCAACCACGCAGUUCGAUGCUGCGCACCCCACCAAUGUACAGCGCCUGGCUGAGCCGUCGCAGAUGCUGAAGCACGCAGUGGUGAACCUGAUCAACUAUCAGGAUGAUGCCGAACUGGCCACUCGAGCCAUUCCAGAGCUGACCAAACUACUGAAUGACGAGGACCAGGUUGUGGUGAACAAGGCUGCCGUGAUGGUUCACCAGCUGUCCAAGAAGGAGGCCUCUCGGCACGCCAUCAUGCGCUCCCCGCAGAUGGUGUCGGCCAUUGUCCGCACCAUGCAGAACACUAACGACGUGGAGACGGCUCGCUGCACAGCCGGCACGCUACACAAUCUCUCACAUCACCGCGAAGGCUUGCUGGCCAUCUUCAAAUCUGGAGGCAUCCCCGCCCUGGUCAAAAUGCUUGGAUCUCCAGUGGAUUCUGUGUUGUUCUACGCUAUAACAACCCUUCACAACCUGUUGCUGCACCAGGAAGGAGCAAAGAUGGCCGUGCGUCUGGCUGGUGGCUUGCAGAAGAUGGUUGCCUUACUAAAUAAGACCAAUGUCAAAUUCCUGGCCAUCACUACAGAUUGCCUUCAGAUUUUGGCAUACGGAAACCAAGAAAGCAAACUGAUCAUCCUGGCCAGUGGAGGGCCCCAGGCCCUGGUGAACAUCAUGAGGACCUACACCUACGAGAAGUUGCUGUGGACCACCAGCCGUGUGCUGAAGGUGCUGUCUGUCUGCUCCAGCAACAAGCCUGCUAUCGUGGAGGCCGGUGGCAUGCAGGCCCUGGGAUUGCACCUAACCGACCCCAGCCAGCGACUUGUGCAGAAUUGUCUCUGGACCUUGAGAAAUCUGUCAGAUGCUGCCACAAAGCAGGAGGGGAUGGAAGGUCUCUUGGGAACCUUGGUGCAGCUCCUGGGCUCGGAUGACAUCAACGUGGUGACAUGCGCAGCGGGCAUCCUCUCCAACCUGACCUGCAACAACUACAAGAACAAGAUGAUGGUCUGCCAAGUGGGAGGGAUCGAGGCAUUAGUCCGCACCGUGCUGCGGGCUGGAGACAGAGAGGACAUCACCGAACCCGCCAUCUGUGCCCUUCGCCAUCUAACCAGCAGGCAUCAGGAUGCGGAGAUGGCCCAGAACGCGGUCAGGCUGCACUACGGCCUGCCCGUGGUGGUUAAACUCCUGCAUCCUCCAUCUCACUGGCCUCUCAUCAAGGCUACCGUGGGUCUGAUCCGCAACCUGGCGCUGUGUCCAGCUAACCACGCUCCCCUGCGUGAGCAAGGGGCCAUUCCCAGGCUGGUGCAGCUGCUGGUUAGAGCUCACCAGGAUACCCAGCGGCGUACAUCAAUGGGAGGCACGCAGCAGCAGUUUGUGGAGGGGGUGAGGAUGGAGGAGAUCGUGGAGGGCUGUACUGGAGCCCUGCACAUUCUUGCCCGGGACGUACACAACAGGAUUGUCAUUCGAGGACUCAACACCAUUCCACUCUUUGUCCAGCUGCUGUACUCCCCCAUUGAGAACAUCCAGCGGGUGGCAGCAGGCGUGCUGUGCGAGUUGGCCCAGGAUAAGGAGGCAGCCGAGGCCAUUGAGGCUGAGGGAGCUACUGCCCCCCUGACUGAGCUACUGCACUCCAGGAACGAGGGCGUGGCGACCUAUGCGGCAGCAGUCCUGUUCCGUAUGUCUGAAGACAAGCCCCAGGACUACAAGAAGCGUCUCUCUGUUGAGCUGACCAGCUCACUCUUCAGGACUGAGCCCAUGACAUGGAACGAGACCGGCGAUCUUGGGAUUGACAUGGGAAGCCAGGGAGAGCCCCUUGGAUAUCGCCCCGAUGACCCGAGUUUCCGCUCCUACCACCCGGGUGGGUAUGGGCAAGACCCGAUGGGCUUGGACCCGAUGAUGGAGCAUGAGAUGGGAGGCCACCACCCUGGGGCCGAGUACCCAGUGGACGGGCUGCCUGACCUGGGACAUGCCCAGGACCUGAUGGAUGGUUUGCCUCCAGGCGACAGCAAUCAGCUGGCCUGGUUCGACACAGACUUGUAAAUAUAACCUGCAUCAUAGUCGUACUGUGUGAAUGAAGUUGCAUUGUGGUUGGCCUGUAGAGUUGCUGAGGGUUCGGGGUGGGCUGGUAUCUCAAAGUGCCUGACACUAACAAAACGCUCGCUUUCCUGUGGGAACAGUCAAAGUCAAAUAGUUGCUCUGAUCCUUCUGGUCGACGAUAUGAAAGCGGAUGGAUUGGGAAAUGGCUGCCUACUUUCAAAGAACGCUAAGACCGACAAGAGACGGAACGUUACAAACUCUAGCCUUGCCUGUUGAUUUUUUAAUUAUUUUUUUAAAUCUCUGUACUUGUACUGAUGUGGCUUGCUUUGAAGUAGAGUAGACCAGUCAAUGAUAUUUUUUAACAUAGUCUGUAGUUUUAAGUUAUAGUGGCAAUGCUAUAGCUGUUCCUUAAUUUUUAAACUCUGAAGUAAUUGUGUAGAGCACUAACUCAUUCAUAAUAGAUUUAAUUGUACUCUGAAGUGUAACACUGUGUAGCUUUUUGUAUAAAAAUGUGAAACUAGAUAAGUCCACUUUCACUAGGCUGCCAAGCGAGCAGGUGGGACGACGUGUUUGGUCAAUAUUGCUUCUUGCUGGGGGGCUUCAGGACACGGUUGUAAUAGUUUAACGAAAGGCCACUCGCCAGCCACCCCUUGUCCUCCAAGUUAUUGUAUCCUGCAACACAGACGCUUCAUGGAAAUAAUGCGAUUGUAGAAGCAGAAUUAAACUGGACUGACCAUUUUUGUGUGAGUGGCUUCAUUACUAGAGCACCAAUAUUAAGUUUGUAUGCAGUUUAAGGAAUUUUGUCUCUUACAUAAUUUUAUGUAUAAGUUGAUUAAAUAAAAAUGUUUGGAAUUUGC